AUGGCUACUCAUCAUGAUAGGGAAGAAGACAUCCUUCCUUAUGCACCAGACAACCAAGUUGAUCACCCCGCAAACCAGAUUGACAAAGCGAGUGACGGAAAAAUCGUCGAUCCUCUGAGUGGUGCGGCUAUCGAAGCCAAAAACAAAGCCGAAAAAUUAUUCGUUGCGAGAUUGGAUUUAAUCUUAUUGGUUUAUAUUUGCAUCUCACAAAUCAUUAAAGGUCUAGACCAGCAAAAUGUUGCUGCUGCAUAUGUGUCAGGAAUGAAGGAGGACUUGGAUAUUCAAGCGAAUGAAUACAACUAUUUCACUACCUAUUUCAAUGUCGGAUAUGCUGUCUUCGUUAUUCCAUCACAAAUCAUGAUGACUCUCGUGAGACCUUCAUUAUGGCUUCCCGGACUUGAGCUUGCUUGGGGUAUAAUUACUAUCGGUUUCUUCAAGAUCAAGACAGUCAAGCAGAUCUAUGCAUUAAGAGCUUUUGUCGGAGCGUUUGAGGCGUCAGCAUAUCCCGGUGGUAUCACUCUCUUGGCCUCUUUCUACACACCAAAAGAGCUUGCAUUCCGCAUCAGUUUCUACCACAGUUCGCAAUGGAUGGGCAGUAUGCUCGCUUCUGGAUUGCAGGCCGCUAUCUACCAAGGUAUGGAAGGACUUCACGGUAUCCCUGGAUGGCGAUGGAUGUUUCUGAUAGACGGUAUAAUUACGAUUGUCAUUGCAUUUGCUGGAUUCUUCCUUAUUCCUGAUUACCCUUCAAAGCCCAAUCCAUGGGCUUUCUGGCUCAAACCCGAACACUACCAGCUGGCGCAAGAGAGAAGUUUGAGGUUCCGGAGGGCCGAUAACAAAAGUUUCAACCGAUUUACGAUACUGAAAGCCGUGAAACAACCUCAGUUUUACCUUUUCCCGAUACUCUAUAUGACUGCUCAACUCGCUCAACAAGGUUAUCUUUAUUUCAAUCUUUUCCUCAAGUCAUUAAAACAUGCGGACGGAACUGCAGUAUGGUCCGUCGCCCAGAUUAACGCUUUGCCACUGGGAGGUUAUGCCAUCUCCAUUGUCUUGGUCUGGGGUUGGGGUUGGCUAUCAGAUCGAUUCCAAACUCGUUGGGCAAUCAUCUUCGCUCAAGCUGUCAUUGGCUUGAUUCCGGGUAUCAUCAUGUCAGUAUGGAAUGUCUCAAUCGGCGCCAAGUAUUUUUCGUAUUUCUUGAGUUUCACUUUCAUUGCCACUUCGCCACCUCUUUUCGCCUGGCUGAGUGAUAUGACUCCACACGAUACGGAGAUGAGGGCAUUCAUCAUUGGAUGCUGUACAGCCACAUGGUACGCCGUCAACUCGUGGGCGAAUGUUUUGAUAUGGCCAGCGAAAGAAGCGCCCCAUUACAGGAUAGGUUGGAAGUUGACUGUUGGAAUGUGGUUGUUCGUAAUGUUCGAGCUCUGGUUAAUCCAUUUCAUUGACAUCAAAUACGUCCGACCACGUAACCAGAAGAUUGGCCAGGAUAUGUAUGAGCAUGAUCAUGACAUCUCAGACGGCCACAAUGUCAAUGAAGAGGAUCCGUCGGAUUCGAAAAGAGCAGAUGACGAUUUGACCGUAGUCCCAGUCCACAGUAGGAAAUGA